AAAGAUGAUGUGGCUCAGAAUAUUACGAUAUUAUUCCAUGUUAAUAACUCUCGCACAGAGUCAAUCGAAUGAAAGUAUUCCUGAUCGAAGUUAUACAACAUCCAUGAGUGGUAAAUUAGAGUUGCUCAAACUCAACGUUGAACUCAUCGAGAACCUCAACAAUUAUGUGAAUCAAAUGCAGCAGAAGAUUGACAAACUAAGCAGACUGAGUCAGCAGCUGGCAAAUCCACUGAAAUUAGCCAUGGGACGUGAGAAAGAAUUCCUCUCGAAUCCCUUCAACAUUUUUUCACUCAUCCGACACAUGUCCAACGAUUGGACACAGCUGGAAAGCGUCAUGCAACAACCUGUUGUCCAAGCACAAAUGGAUUAUAUGAGGGAAAGACGCGCGCAGUUGCCGCAGUUUGAGGAUCUGGAGGAGGCAGCGGCAGCCAUGCAUCGCAUACAGGUAACCUUUAGACUAGAUCCAAUGGAAAUGGCCAAUGGUUGGCUGGACGGCACACAAUACGAUGCAAGGCUUUCGUAUCUCGACUGCUUUGAGCUUGGCAAACACUCUUUUCGUAUGGAUGAUAUGGGGAAUGCAACUAAUUGGUUAUUAACGGCACGUCAGUUAAUGGCUAAGGAAUCCCCUUCUGAUUUGUAUGAAAUACUGAAUGUAACAAGCAGUGAUAUAGCCUGGUAUUUAGCCAACUCACUGGCAGCAGCGGGCAACCUGAAUGAGGCACGAGAUGUUUUAUUAAAUGAACCCAAACUAAAUUCUCGCACUGAAGAGUUGCUUGCCGAAUUUAUGAAAUAUGAGAAACCAGAAUAUCCGCACGACCCAGAAAUGCAAGAAGCAGAUGAAAAGUACACCCGACUCUGUGGCGCCUCUCAUAAACCAAAACCAAGUCGACUAAUUUGUAACUACAAAAUGGAUUCGUCACCAUUUUUGCGACUGGCACCGUUAAAAAUGGAAAUGUUGUCCAUGGAUCCAUAUGUGGUUGUCUUUCACGAGGCGAUCUACGACUCGGAAAUUGACGAACUGAGGCGAUUAUGUGAAUCGAGGCUAAGCCGCACAGAAAUCGCGAAACAGGGUAAAAAUAAAUCAAUACGCUCCUCAAGCGGUGUUUGGAUAUUUGAAUUGGAUCUCAACAGGCAGCAAUUGGAGUUGCUAGAGCGGAUUAGGAGGCGAGUCGCUGAUAUGUCCGGAUUGCUCAUCGAUUUUAACAGCCAAGAAGUGCAGUAUAUGGAGUAUGUUUUUGGGGGGCAUUACUAUCCACAUUGGGAUUUUAAGGGCAUACCCCAUCUAGAGGAUCGCAUAGCCACAGUUCUAUUCUAUCUCAAUGAUGUGGCCAGAGGUGGCGCCACAAUCUUUCCCGAUCUGGAGCUGUUGGUGCAGCCGGAGCGGGGCAAGGUGCUCCACUGGCACAACAUGGACCUAGGCACCUACGACUUAGAGAAGAGAUCCUUGCAUGGUGCUUGCCCAGUUAUUAUGGGUAAAAAGGAAGUUAUAUCGCAUUGGAUACGCGAUUGGGAUCAAAUGUUUAUAAGGCCGUGCAUUGCAUGAACCGUAUUGUUCAUAAGACCUAAAGAUCUUUAAUUAAAGUUCAGCGCAAAUCUCUAGAACAUAAAACUUAAUUUAAAUAUAAAAACCCAAACCAUAUUUUAACCUGAAAUAAAUAUCCACAAUCUCAAA